CAAGACGUGCUAGGCGAUGAGGGAGAUGAGUUUUCCGUAACCUGAAGCAACAUCCUACUGAUUCCUCAUUAAAGAAAAAGGCGGGAACUAGUCAAAAGCCGGGGAGUGAUGGGACGCUCGGAUCUGCGCGUCCCGCCCAUUUCGGCCUCUGAUUGGUGAAUGUCUUUGGCUCGUGGCAGAGCAGCCCGCCUCAUUGGUUCUCAGGCUCCAGAGCCGCAGGUCUCCGGCGCCGACCCCGCCUCCCCCAGCUGCCGACGUGGGGCGGGCAGCCGCGGGUAGUUGGGUGCCGAGGCGUCGGUGAGGAGCGGGAGACGGGCAUGGGGGGGCUGCGGCUGCUGGCGGUGGCCCUCACGUGCUGCUGGUGGCCGCAGGGCAGCCAGGGUAAGACCCUGCGGGGCAGCUUCAGCAGCACCGCGGCCCAGGACGCCCAGGGCCAGCGCAUCGGCCACUUCGAGUUCCAUGGUGACCAUGCUCUUCUGUGUGUCAGAAUCAACAACAUAGCAGUAGCUGUUGGAAAAGAAGCUAAACUCUACCUGUUCCAAGCCCAGGAAUGGCUAAAGCUACAGCAAAGCAGUCAUGGUUAUAGCUGUAGUGAAAAAUUAUCCAAAGCUCAGUUGACAAUGACCAUGAACCAGACCGAACAUAAUCUGACAGUGUCCCAGAUUCCAUCUCCACAAACGUGGCAUGUGUUUUAUGCAGACAAGUAUACGUGCCAAGAUGACAAGGAGAAUUCUCAGGUGGAAGAUAUCCCAUUUGAAAUGGUGUUACUAAACCCAGAUGCCGAAGGGAAUCCAUUUGAUCAUUUUAGUGCUGGAGAAUCUGGGUUACAUGAGUUCUUUUUCCUCCUAGUCCUAGUGUACUUUGUGAUUGCUUGCAUUUAUGCUCAAUCAUUGUGGCAGGCUAUUAAGAAAGGAGGACCCAUGCACAUGAUUUUAAAGGUUCUGACAACUGCCUUGCUGUUACAAGCUGGUUCAGCUUUAGCUAAUUACAUUCAUUUCUCCAGUUACUCCAAAGAUGGAAUAGGGGUACCAUUUAUGGGAAGCUUGGCAGAAUUUUUUGACAUCGCUUCCCAAAUUCAGAUGUUAUACUUGCUUUUGAGUCUAUGCAUGGGUUGGACGAUAGUCAGAAUGAAGAAGUCUCAAAGCAGACCUCUCCAGUGGGAUUCUACACCUGCAUCCACUGGCAUUGCAGUAUUCAUUGUCAUGACACAGAGUGUUUUGCUACUUUGGGAACAGUUUGAAGAUACCAGUCAUCAUAGCUACCAUUCACACCACAACUUAGCAGGGAUCCUCCUAAUCGUCCUAAGAAUUUGCCUAGCAUUGUCAUUAGGCUGUGGACUCUAUCAGAUCAUCACAGUGGAGAGAAGUACACUCAAAAGGGAGUUCUACAUCACAUUUGCCAAAGGCUGUAUCUUGUGGUUUUUAUGCCAUCCGGUUCUUGCAUGCAUUUCUGUCAUUUUUAGCGACUACCAAAGAGACAAGGUUAUUACAAUAGGUGUUAUCCUUUGCCAGUCUGUUUCCAUGGUUAUUCUCUACAGACUCUUUCUAUCUCACAGUCUAUAUUGGGAAGUUUCUUCACUUUCUUCAGUAACACUACCACUGACCAUAUCAUCUGGACACAAAAGUCGCCCUCAUUUCUGAUACUUGAUUUUUGUUGAGAGGAAAAGUGAAUUGGUUUAAAAGAGUGCAAUAAGGAUCCAAAUACAGUUACUUUUUUUUCAUACAUUUAGUAUGAAAACUUGGAACAGCGAAAGCAGAGCACGUUAUUUAUAUAACUGCAUUUAAGCAGUACCAAGACUGAAAAAAAGGUAAUAAAUGAAAUGUUUUGAAAUAUACUUAAACAACAAACUUUGAAGAAAGUGUUGUUAUAAAAUGAUUGAAGCAAUUUCUAUAUGGAAAUAAAUGUGAAAAAUAACUAUAUGCUAUUUUGGUAAAAUAUUCACCACUUAUAAUGCCUCAUCUUAAUAGCUAACUCAGGUUUAAUAGUCUUAUAAAAAGUAAUCAGUUAAAUGAUUACUUGCUUAUAAAUAUCUAAACUAGUCCAGUUAUGAAAUCAGUGUAAUACAUUGAUUUUAAAAACUGCUGCUUUUUAUGCUUUAAGGAAAUGCAUUUCAUAUUUGAGUUUAAAGGAAUUGAAAUUACUUCAGGAAAUGAAUAUAAAAUAUGUUCACAGUUAAAUGACUAGGCUUUUGUUUAUUUGUGGGUGGAGUUAGUCUCCAAUUUUUUUCUGCCAUUUUUGGCUCUAGUUCAGGUUUUAGCUUGAUUAGCAAAGGUUUUUGACAAACAGUUUAUGAAAAAAUAAAACUUAAAUACAUUACACGAGUUGUAAAGACAAAGGAUUUUAAAAUCUGAGCACUUAGGUGAAGGGACAAGCAGGUUUAUGUGGUUAAAAAGAAAGAAGGGAAAAGGUACUACGUGAUACGGUACUGAAAUUUUGAUCCCAAUAGAAUUCAUUUCUCUUACAUUGAAUCCCCAAUCAUAAUUAAGCCGUAUACACAGAUUAAAUUAACAGAAGCAUUUCAUAUAAAUGUUGGUUUCAGUCAUCAACUACCCAUGAAUUCCUGCCCAAGGAUACUUAAUCAGGAUUAAAUUUUCUAUGAAUAAUUGAAAAACAAAACACUCACUGGAUUUGUUAUAAUCCGUGUUGGCACUGGAUUCUAAGUAGUUGCCAUCUUGAAUCCUUUGUAAUAAAGCCAUAUUUGUGUGUGUGUGUGAUGCCCCAGUAUUGAGUAUGCUAGCUAAAAAAAUAUCAAGUGCCUGAUUAAAGAAUUGCUAAAUGGUUGUCGAUAAUCGCUGUAUAAAAUGAGUAUUCCCAUUAAUAGUCACUGAUUGGAAAUUAUUCUGUUGCUGUUUGUCAAGCUGUUCAGGCCUUUUCCUUUUUACUUCUGGCUUAUUUUAAAAAUAUUUUUUAUCUACUUACUGUGUGUUUAAGCAAGAAACAGUGCACUGAUCUGGUAGUUAAAUUUUUUAAUUAAGUAGUUAAAAUAAUGUAGUGCAACUUAAAAAUAUCUAUGGCUUUGUUUUUUUUUUUCCCUUGUACCUAGUCUCACUGGGAAUGACUAGUAUUCUGCCUCACUUUCAGGGCAGAAUAUGUGUUUGUGACCCAAAGUGACAAAGUUACAAAAUUCAGCCUGCUCAUUAAAUCAUAUCUCUUUUAGUUCUUUGUAGAUCAUUUAGUAAAUUAGAGCUACAGGUUAAGACUAGAAAGUCUGAGUUACGUUUUAGGUAUACAUGAUCGUCUGAGUGGUCAUAACCUUUUCUUUUAUCAUGUCUCCCUAAUAACCCCAGCUAUUGUCUGUUGUGUUCAGCUGAGAUGCAAAAAAGAAAUUAAGCAAAAAAGAAAAAGGUGAAGCCUUUUCAUAAAUUUUGUGAACUUGCCAAAAGGGGAAGGAAAAAUCUUUGUGUUAUUUCACUCAAAGAACAUAAGUAACUGCAAUUAACAUAUAUGAAAUUUAUUACUCUGCUUGCGUUUAUGAAACCAGUUUUUUAAACUUUAAUUCUUAAAUUUGUGGUUGGAAUUGCUGAUAAUUUAUUUUGUUAUUCAAGAGCCAUUGUUAAGCGGAGGAAAGUAGUUGUUAAUGUAUAAAACUGUUCUUGACUAGUAAUCUUGACUGGUAAUUUAUAGUUCAUAAGUCAUGACACAGUAUCCCCUCCUUUUCUGAAUGUUUACACGGAGAUUCAUCACUGCAGCUUACAGAAGUUAAGUGUAUACUGCAACCUCUAAUUAAAGAUAGAAAUCUUUUCUACUUUCCUUUGUCAGAUAAUGCUUUUUUAUGUGUUUUUAUGUUUUUUGAAAGAAGAUAAAUGGUUCAUCCAGAGCUUUAUUAAGAAGCAUUUCUUUUCUUCCCUUAAAAAAUAGAUGUUUAUUUUUAUUGAUGUGUGUAUAAUAAGAUGGGUGCCUACGGUGAUGCAUUUUACCAAGCAUUUUACCUUGAUUAUUACUAAUCUCUAUUGUAAUAACCAGACUCCCAUUUAACUGAGUAUAAGGGAGAAUAAAUGAUUUCUCAAAGGUCACCAAACUAUUUAGUUUUUCCAUUUUACCUUCAUGAUUUAAGGAACACGUAUUAGCUGUGUUUUAGUGAGAAUGAAUUGCUAUCCAUCAUAAUUUUCGCUAUUGAUUUGAAUGUUAAAACUAGAAUUGUGCUAAAAUCAGAACAUGAGCUUGAAUAUCUGUAAGACCUCAGCACACUUCAGUAUUUGAACCUGGCUGUUAGCUAGACAGUAUUACUAGCAGGAGAGUUAAUCUAGGCAGAAGAGCUUGCUUUAGGGUAAUUAUUUAUGAUCUCCAGUAAAGUAAGUCACAUCUGAUGAACAUAAGAGAUACACAAAUCUGAGAUCAUCUCUAAAAUAAUGAGACUAGAACCUAUCUAUCAACAUGAACAUGGGCUCCUUCAGCAUGUUUCUUCUAGGAGACUGCAUGUUCUUUGGAAUUUGGAAAUCUGGAAUUAUCUGUGAAACAUUUUCUUAAAUAGCUGCUGUGGUGUCAAAUCACCGAAGUUGUUUUUUGUUUGUUUUGAGGAUUGAUAUGAUUGUUAGAAGUAGCCAGAUCUGAAGAGGUAAUACUGUUUUUUAUUCCAACGUGUAUUUGUGAAUUGAGACUAAAAUAAUGAGAUUGGUUUUCCUCUGUGAUCUGAAAGUAGUGUGGUAGAAGCACCGUAGCUUGAUCUCUUGCAAUAGCUCUCUAUGUAAUAUUACGACCUCCACACUUGGACAGCCUUCUGCACAGCUCCAGGGGCAUCAUAUGUGUUGUGCUGUAGGAGUGCCAUGAAGCCUUUGCGGGGAGGAAAGAAGUGGUCCUGCCCACUAGGGCCAUUCUCCACAAUGUAGCCAAAACAAUCUCUUAAAAAUGGAAAUAAUCUGGAUGAUGAGCAUACAGAAAUUCUUUGUGCUAAUCUUAUAACUUUUUUGUAAGUUUGAAAUUAUUUUACAAAGUUUAUAAAUCAUAUAAAUCAGAUCAAACUACUGCUUCCCUGACAAAAACCCUCCAUGUGCCUCUCACUGCACUUAGGAAAAGAAGUCCUCGCUCAUUACUAUGUUCUGCAAGGCCCAUAGGAUCUGGUUAUCUCUUAAUUUGUACCACUCUCACACACAUAUCCCAGCCUCAUUGUCCUUCAUCAAAAAAAGAUCUAGCUUAUAUCACAGCCUCAGAUACUUGGCACUAGCCAUCUUCUCUGCCGGGGACAUUCUCUUCCAAAUCUUGGCAUGGUUGCAUGGCUGAAUCCUCAUCCUUCAGGUUCUCAGCUCAGAUGUCUUUUAGAGAACUCACAUCAUCUGUGGUGGAUUUAUAUGGUACAGUUUAGUCAACCUGGAGAUAGGUUCCGCAGAAUUCUCUUCCGUGCAUAAUUUCCGGACAAUGUAGGCCAUAAGAAAUGUUUGAUACAAGAUAUAGAAGGCAGAAGUAAAGUAGCAGCCAGAUCUGGAUUCUUUUUAUAAGUGGAAGGACCAGACAAGGCACAAGACACUGUUGCAGCUUAUCCACAUUAUUGCUUAUCUGUUGGCUCAUCUUGGCCUGUGGGACAACAGCCAGGCCCACAGGAACACCAGUUCCUGCUGGAACACCUCCUUCAGCUUCUCUGGCUCCUGGGCCAGGUGUGCGCUUUACUCUGACAAAGGGUGCCAGCUUCCGCUGGACAACUCCAUCAUUCACACUGGAGGAUUAGAGGCAGUGAGAGACCUGUAUGGCUUCCCGUCCAUCCUCACAAGUUCCACUCAAUUCCCACAGGUUCUACUCAUCCUAGCAAGUUCCUUGCUUCCCCCAUUUCCCUUGUCUUCCCUUUUCAACUGCCAGACACAAAAGAAACUACCUCCUAUAAUCGCUAUAAAAGUCCCUUAUUUUGAAUAUUAAGAUACGUGUAUGUGUAUUAGAUCCUAGUGGUUCUUUUCUGAUCAGACCCUGAUUAACAUGCAAUCCUAUCUAAUGCUAUUCCCCCAUCCUAGUUCUAUCAUAUUAUCCCUUUUUUUGUUUAUUGUACUUAGCUGGUUUAUCUUUGUCAUCUCUCAAAUUAGAAUAUAAAUUUUAAGUGAGUUUGUCUCUAUUGUUCAUUGCUGUAUGCCUAAUACUAGGACACUCCCUGGUGCAUACUAGAUGCUCAAAAAUAUUUUUGAGUGAAUGAAUGAAGGCAAUGCUGAAAAGUUCCAAAUCUGAACUUACCAGUGUAGUAUUAAUUAUAUAAUAGAAGCUCCUAUAGUGACUUCAAUAAUGCCUUGCCUAUUCUUUGUUCAAUUGUAUGGAAUUUGGUAGUGUGUAAAAAUCUUGACUAGUCAAGUAGUUGUUAUAAAACAUGAAUUAUGAGAGUAUUUCUCAAGUUCUCACAGAGGCAGUUUCUCUUUAUUUUAUGUAGUCCUGUAAUAGGACCAUGUGUCUGGUUUCUUGGCCUGCCACAACUAGAAGCACUAAUUUAAAAGAGAAGUUUCUAGUCAGCUAGAGGAGGGAAUGUUGACAGUAGUCAGAAGCAGCUGGGAAAAGAUAGGAAAACUAGAAAUGACAGUAACACUCAAAUUACAGCAGCCUGGGGUCAUUUAGUGUAGGUGAAAGCAAACCCUGUGUUGUGUAUCUCAGUAGACUCUUAAGAGAUUUGUUGUUCAAUAUAUUCAUGACAGUGACUGAUCAUAAUCAAGAAGAUAUUAAGUUAUAAAUUAUGUUCAGUAGCCUCAAAGAAGUAUGCGAAAACCUUGUAAUGUUUUCUUCUUGUUAAACAGGUAAUAUAUACACAUUGUACAAAAAUCAGAAAGUUGAAAAAGGUGGGAAAAAGAAGUUCUCUCAUUCAUUUCCCUUCCCUGGAUCUAAUCUCUGUUACCAGUUAUCUUUCUAGAAAUGGCCCCAUGCACAUAUAAACAUAUAUGAAACACAAUUUAUAGCAUACCAUUCAGACUUUUGUACAUUCAGCAAUUCUGUAGUCCUACCUACAGUUGUCCCAUUUUUUUCACCGAUUGCCUAGAACUCCAUUAUAUGGAUGUACUUUGAUUUUUGCAGAGAAUCAGUUCUGUUACUGCACAUUGCUGGUUUCCAGCCUUUUGCUAAUACAGACAAGGCUGAAAUUAAGACUGUAAUCAAGUAUUUGCCAAGGCUUCCUCCCCUGCUCCCAAAAUGCCUCCACUCCAGGUUCCAGGUCUAGAUCCUUGGGAUUUUCUAGGUGAUAGAAGUAUCUUUGUUAUUCAUAGUAAGCUCUCUGAUAGUUUUUCUAACAAGAUGACUCAGAUAGGGGCUGGCCAUACCAGAAGACCAACCAUCAGAUUAGAGGGUUGGAGUUUUGAGUCAUAUGAUAUUAGCCCAACAUCUGAGGUGGAGAGAGGGGUUAGAGAUUGAGUUCAGCUUUGUAUAGAGAUUGAGUCAAUCAAUCAUGCCUGUAAUGAAACCCCGAGAGAAGCUCUGGUCAGUGACACUCAAGUGAACUUUCCUGGUCGGCAAUACUCUGGUGUGUUCUAGGAGGGUGACAUGUCCCUGAGAACACAGAAACUGUAUUUGGGAUUCUCCUACUCCUUGCUCUAUAUAUGUCUUCUUUUGGCUGUUCUGAUCUGUAUCCUUUUGCUAUAAUAAACUAUAAUUGUAUGCAUAGCA